AUGGCACCUCCAACAAAAACAGCAGCAGCACCAAAAGAGGUUAAAUUAACAACCAAAGACACCAACACACUCAAGACAUUGUCUAAACUAUUCGAUGAACGUAAAUACAAAAAGGCGAUCAAGCAGGCCGACGCCUUUCUCAAGAUUCAUCCAACCAAUGUCGAUGCACUCUGCUUCCGUACAUUGACACUCUACGGAUUGAAUCUAAAGGAAGAAGCUCACGCUGCCGGCAAACAGGUGGUUCGUGACAACAUGUCGUCGUUUACAGCUUGGCAUACACUCGGUUUCCUGCAUCGUAACGACAAGAACUUCCCAGAGGCUCUCAAGUGCUUCCGUACGGCACACAGAAACAACAAAGAGUCGGUACAGAUCCUCAAGGACAUGUCGUUGAUUCAAAUCUUCCAACGUGACUAUCCAGGCUUGUUGGACUCUUACAAGACACUGCUUCACUUGCAACCGGGUUACAAGGGUCAUUGGAUCGGACUCAUCACUACCUACCAUCUCAUGGGUUCGCACAGCCAAGCCAUCUUUAUUCUCGAUGAAUUCAUUAAUGUGUUGGAUCAGGAAAACGAAGGAAUUCGUCGUUCUGAACUCAUCCUCUACAAGGUUCAACUAUUAGAUGAAUCAAAUGAAUUGGAUAAAGCUCUAUCUUUAUUAAAAUCUGAUGCUAAAUUUAUUGUUGAUAAACUUUGGGCAAAGAACAAGACUGGAGAAAUUUACAUUAAAAAGAAUAUGUUAAAGGAAGCUGAAAAAGUAUUUACUGAUUUGAUUAAAUUAAAUCCAGAUAAUAUGAAUUAUCAUAAGAAGUUUUGGGAAUCUAAAGGAAUUAAAUCAAUUGAAACAAUUACAAAAGAACAAAUUGAAAUAUUAAAACCAAUUUAUGCUGAAUGGGGAGAACUAAAUCCAAAGAGUUUUGUAAUUCAAAAGAUUCCAUUAAACUUUUUGCCAUCAGACUCUGAAGGGUUUUUAAUAAGAUUGGCCAAGUUUUCUAGACACUUUUUGGUCAAGGGUAUUCCAUCACUCUUUAACAACCUCAAAUCAUUGUACAAUGGUGGUGAUGAUAAGAAAUCAAAGGUGAUUGAAAAGUUCUUUGAAGAGACUUUGCAAUCAUUGAUUGAAAAGGGUACACUUGUUGGAAGCGACCAACAAGAAUCACCAUCCACCUUGUUGUGGUGUCGUUACUUUUUGGCUCAACAUUAUGAUCGUGUUGGUAAGAUUAAAGAGUCGUUUGAACAAAUUGACAAGGCCAUCGAACACACCCCAACCAAUGUCGACAAUUACAUUGUUCGUGCCAAACUCCUCAAGCACAAUGGUGAUUUGGUUGGUGCCGCCCAACAAUACGAGCACGCCCGUCAACUUGAUUUGGCCGAUCGUUACCUCAACACAAAGAGUGCACUCUAUGCUCUCCGUGCCGACGAAAGAGACAAUGCCUCCAAGAUUUUCAAAACUGUCAUUGAUCCAAAUGACUCGACCAUGUUUAACAUUUCCGAGUACCAAUGUAUGUGGUAUGAAAAUGAAUUGGGUCAAAGUUAUUAUAGAACUGGAGAUAAUGCAAUGUCUCUUAAAGCUUUACAUUUAGUUGAUAAGGCAUUCACAGAAUUUAUUGAAGAUCAAUUUGAUUUCUUUAAUCAUAUGCAGAAAAAGUUAACAUUGAGAGCCUAUGUUGACUUUUUAAGAUGGGAGGAUCAAGUAUACAAGAAUAAACCUUUCCUCGAUGCUGCCAAGUUGUUGGUCAAGGUUUAUUUGACUUUAUUAAAGAAACCAUAUGUUAAACCAGUUGAAACAACACAAUCAUCAGCUGGUGUUGCCACCGCCGCCGAAACUGCUUCUGCUCCACCUACUACUACCGAACCAACCGCCACUACCACUCCAGUCGUCAAAGAAAAUGAAAAGAAACAAAAUAACAAACAGAAUAACAAACAAACACCACCACCACCACCAAAGAAAGACGAUGACGAUGAAGUAGAAGUUGAUGAAAAGAACAAGGUUGAUGAAGAUCCACUCGGUGAAAAAUUAGCCACCGUUCCAAAUCUUUUGGAACAAGCCAACAAAUUCCUAAAGACAAUGUUGAAAUUCAAUCCAGAUUCAGUUGAUGCUCAUUUAUUAGCUUGUCAAUGUUAUCUUGAAAAGAGAAAAUAUUUAUUAAUAAUUCAAUCAUUAUUAAAAGUAAAACAAGUUGUUCCAAAUCAUCCAUUAAUAUUCAAGAAUGUUGUAGCAAUGUAUAGACAAGUUGAACAACAAGCCGAUACAACUGAUGCAUCGGUCAAGAAAAUUUUGGAAGAUGAAAAGGCAAACUUGUUUGAUGGUGCCACUUCACUAUUGCAGUUUGUCGAACAAUACGCUGCCAAACACAAAGAUUCACAUGCACAUCAAUUCAUUGCUGGUGAACAAUUAUAUCAUCUCACCAAGGAUUCUGCCAAGGCUUUGGAUUUGAUUGUCAACAGUGUCUCUAGCAGUGCCACUGCCUCUUGGGACAAUUGUAGAGAAAAUCUCGUUCAUUUGAAAUCAGUAUUCUGUGACAUUGGCAAGAUUGAUCAAUCAUUUGCCGAUAAUCUCAUCCAACAAUACACUGAAAAGUGUAAGAUUAGAUUCCCAUUGGCUAAUUAUUUCCAACCUCCAAAAUCAAUUGAACAAUCAACUGAAGAAUCAACUACUACUACUACUACAACUACAACAACAACAAACGGAACUAGUAAUUAA